AUGGGAGGAGACCCAUCUAGGAGGAAUCAGAAUUUGUACUGCACCUAUCACCGGGACAAAGGUCACACUACCGAACAAUGUCAGGUGUUGAAGGAUCACCUCGGGCAGUUGGUUAAGGCCGAGCAUUUAAAGGAAUUUGUGCUGGACUCAAGGGACAGAGAGAGGCUCAUUGCAGGAAGAAGGAAAGGAGUGUUGACUAUAGUACCAGUGAAGAGCUGUUCAGGCGUACAGCCACCAGAGAAGAAAAUAAGGUCUGCACGGGAGCCUAUCACUUUCGACGGUGAUGAUUUUGAGGGGAAAAUCCAACUGCAUGAUGACGCAUUAGUGGUCACGACCCGAAUAAGUGGCUUCUUGGUGAAAAGGGUAAUGGUAGACCAAGGAAGCGGGGCCGAUGUAAUGUAUCUGGAUCUAUUCAGGGGGCUUGGAUUGAAAAAGGAGGACCUUGCGAAGUAUAGUUCGCCCUUGGUUGGGUUCAAUGGUAAGGUAGUAAUUCCGGAAUGGCAAAUUUCACUUCCCGUGAUUAUGAGGGGCAAAGAGGUAGUUGUAACAUUUACAAUAGUAACUUCAUUUUCUCUGUAUACGGCGAUCUUGGGAAGGUCGUGGAUCCAUUCAAUGGAGGCUGUUCCAUCUACCCUGCAUAUAAAGAUCAAGUUCCCUACCGAGUAG